UCCUUCCCGUCAUUCCACAAGCCCACGACCCAGGCGGCCUCUGCUCUCUCUCUCUCUCUCCGCGCUAUGGAGCUUGAUCUCGAAAGCGGCGGCGGGGGAAGCAGGGCGGUGGCACUCUCCGUUGACUCCCCAACGGCCGACCUCGGCCGCGGGGACCUGGGCGGCGGCGGCCCCUCCGCGGACCGCACCGUCUCGCGCCGCCACGUGUCCCUCCGCCUUCUCGAUGGCGGCGGCGGCGAGUCCGGGGUCGCGUUCGAGGUCGUCGGCAGGAACCCCGUGGCGGUCCGCUCGCUGGAUGUCUGGACCAGCGGCGUGUUCCGGCGCGGGGAGAAGGGCGAGCUCAGGCCCGGGGACGCGCUGUCGCUGUCGCUCAAGGCGCCCGCGUUCUGGGCGGUGCGGAGGAGGGAGGAGAACGGGAAGGGUGAGGUGGAUGCCGCCGUGCUGGACGCAGUGGCGAGGCGGGAGAGCCGGACGCGGGAGCGGAAGGAGCGGGAGCGGGAGAGGGAGAGGGAGAGGGAGAAGCGGGCUGCGGAGGAAGAGGCCAUGGAGGUCACUGAAGAGGAAAAGGAGGCGGCGGCGGAGGGUUUGGAUAUCGAUCUAGCAAGCGUCGAUCCGGUUCGAGAAUUUGGGUUCUUGUCAAUGGGCCAUGAAUUUGACAGUUAUCCAAAGGGAAGGAUUCGUGCUCCAAAGGAUUGGAAUUGGUUUCUAGAGGAAACGAAGAGGACCCCGGACGAUGAAGAUGAUGAGAUUAGCAACAGGAGAGGUAGAUCAAAAGGCUGGGGUCAGAACAAGAAGAAGAAAGAUGGAGAAGGGGAAGAUGAGGACUGGACUGAUGAGAGUGAGGAUGAAAAGGAAUCCCCGGCAAGAGGUCCUGGUGUGAAGAGGUCAAAGUAUGUGACAAGAUCUAAAGGCCCGAAAAAGCCUCGUCAAGAGAUCUCAAAGGCUAAAGGUGGAGAUGAUGAUGACGAGGUUGAAGAGGUAGGGGAAGAAGAGGAUGAGGAAGAUGAAACUCUGGGAGGUUUUGUAGUUAAUGAUGACGACGAUGAGUCUAUGGAAGAGUUGAGUGAUGAAGAGGACGAAGAGGAGGAAUUCGACGAUGAGGAAGAUGAUGAUUGAUAACACUAUCGGAAAUCAACCCUCUCAGUGAUGAUGUAAAUUGCUGACAAGUAGUUUUUUUUAGAGUUACAAGUAGUUUUAAUUUGUUCUCCUUUGAACUUGUGUAAAUACUGUUUGACAAGUGUUGUUACUUUUGAAAGUGACGUUCGCUAAGCUGAUGCAA